AGAGCUCUGCGGGCGCCUGGGCUCUGUGUGUGCAGGUUGCUGUGUGGGGUCCCGGAAGACGAUGGAGAGGGCAGGAGCAGCACCCGCGGCGCCCCCUCCACCAGGCUGGCCUCUACGCUUCCCUGGACUCAUCACCAGUCCCCAUUCCUGGAAGCAAGCCCCCUUCCUCCAUCCACUCCUCAUGAUGUCCAUGAGGAGCCCCGGCUCUGCCCAGCUGGCCUUGGAUGACGUUGGCACCAUGGUGAACUGUACUGUCAAGUCAGAGGGGAAGAAGGAGCCCUGCCACGAGGCCCCCCAGGGCUUGGCCACCGCAGCUGAACCCCAGCCCGGAGAUCCAGCCCGGGCUCCCCAGGAUGGUGCUGACCCUCAAGCUCCAGCCCAGGACAGCAGCUCCCUGGAAAGCAAUGGGUCCCCAGAACCCAAGAGACCAGGAGGCUCCGAGGCUGCUUCUGGAAGCCAGGAGAAGCUGGACUUCAACCGAAAUUUAAAAGAAGUCGUGCCGGCCAUCGAGAAGCUGCUGUCCAGUGACUGGAAGGAGAGGUUUCUGGGAAGGAGCUGUGUGGAAACCAAAGAUGUCAAAGGGACCCAGGAGAGCCUGGCAGAGAAGGAGCUGCAGCUGCUGGUCAUGAUCCAUCAGCUGUCCACCCUGCGGGACCAGCUCCUGACGGCCCACUCGGAGCAGAAGAACAUGGCCGCUAUGCUCUUUGAGAAGCAGCAGCAGCAGAUGGAGCUGGCCCGGCAGCAGCAGGAGCAGAUCGCUAAGCAGCAGCAACAGCUGAUUCAGCAGCAGCAUAAGAUCAACCUCCUUCAGCAGCAGAUCCAGCAGGUCAACAUGCCUUACGUCAUGAUUCCAGCCUUCCCCCCAAGCCACCAACCUCUACCUGUCACCCCCGACUCCCAGCUGGCUUUGCCCAUUCAGCCCAUUCCCUGCAAGCCAGUGGAGUACCCGCUGCAGCUGCUGCACAGCCCCGCCGCCCCAGUGGUGAAGAGGCCUGGGGCCUUGUCUGCCCACCACCCCCUACAGGAGCCCUCCCAACCCCUGAACCUCACGGCCAAGCCCAAGGCCCCCGAGCUGCCUAAUGCCUCCAGCUCCCCGAGCCUGAAGAUGAGCAACUGUGGACCCCGUCCUCCCAGCCAUGGGGCCCCCACACGGGACCUGCAGGCCAGCCCUCCCAGCCUGCCUUUGGGCUUCCUUGGUGAAGGGGAUGCUGUCACCAAAGCCAUCCAGGAUGCCAGACAGCUGCUGCACGGUCACAGUGGAGCCUUAGAAAGUUCCCCCAACACCUCCUUCCGUAAGGACCUCAUCAGCCUGGACACAUCCCCAGCCAAGGAGCGGCUGGAGGAGAGCUGUGUGCACCCACUGGAAGAAGCCAUGCUGGGCUGUGAUGUGGACGGCUCCCGCCACUUCCCUGAGUCCCGGAACAGCAGCCACAUCAAGAGGCCCAUGAAUGCCUUCAUGGUGUGGGCCAAGGAUGAGAGGAGGAAGAUCCUCCAGGCCUUCCCAGACAUGCACAAUUCCAGCAUCAGCAAGAUCCUUGGCUCCCGCUGGAAGUCCAUGACCAACCAGGAGAAGCAGCCUUACUACGAGGAGCAGGCGAGGCUGAGCCGGCAGCACCUGGAGAAGUACCCUGACUACAAGUACAAACCACGGCCCAAGCGCACCUGCAUCGUGGAGGGCAAGCGGCUGCGGGUGGGCGAGUACAAGGCUCUGAUGAGGACCCGGCGCCAGGAUGCCCGCCAGAGCUACACGACCCCCCCGCAGGCCAGCCAGGUGCAGAUGAGCCCCUCAGAUGUCCUGUACCCUCGGGUGGCAGGCGUGCCCCUGGCACAGCCCCUGGUGGAGCACUAUGUGCCCCGCGGCCUGGACCCAAACAUGCCUGUCAUCGUCAAUACCUGCAGCCUCAGGGAGGAGGGCGAGGGCACAGAGGACAGGCACUCGGUGGCUGAUGGCGAGAUGUACCGGUACAGCGAGGAUGAGGACUCGGAGGCCGAGGAGAAGAGUGACGGGGAGCUGGUGGUACUCACAGACUGAUCCCGGCUACAUGGGCCUGGCCCUCCUCCCUGAGGAAGACUGGGCCCCACGCCAGCAGGCACAGCCACCCCACCUGGACUACAUUGGUACUUGGACUUGGGCACGCCCGGGAGAUGGGCACAGCUGUGCAUUUGUAGAUACAUUCAUGAUGGGAGAUGCCCCCUCCCCACCACACCUGUGGGCACACCUGAGGAGCUGAUGGCCUGAGUGGGUCCUGCAUGGCGGUGAUGUGCUGGGCUGGCUGAGCUCCGUGGUGGCCCUUGGGGCUCGUGGCCAGGGGACACUGUAUGACCCUCCCCUCCUGCAGGUCUGCCCAUCCCAGGGGUAUGGCAGCUACAGACCUGUUCCCCUAGGGCCACAUGCUUUGUUUCCAUUCUUGUCCUGGCUGGACCAGCCACCAUGGGACCAACACGCACCCCCCACCACAGUACCCCAGAUCGCUCCUCUACCACGAGGAUCGCUUUGUACUUUGUGCAAAAAGGUCUGGCUCUCCUCCAUGUCUCUAUCUUAUGCCAAGCCUUUCGUGCCUCUGGCUGGUGUGUGUGUAUGUGUGUGUGUGUGUGUGUGCGUGCGCGCGUGUGUACCCAUGUGCGCAAGUGCACAUGUAUUUUCAUCUGUUCUUUCAUUGCACAAGGUAUUUAUUGAGUGCCAGGCACUGUCGCUGAGUUCCUGUGGGUGUGUCUCUUGAUGCCAUUCUUGCUUCUCCGGGGGGCUCUUUCUGUGCUUCUCUUUGUCCCCAAAUUGCUACCUCUUUGUCAGUCUGGGUGUCUCAGGUUCUCUGUGUCCUUGGUGCACUUCUCUGUCCUUGUUUCUCUGCAGGGCCUUUUUUUGUGUCUCUCCCUUCCUCCGUGUCUGCCCUUGCCCCUUUAACGCCUGCUGGGUCUCUGUAAGCCCCUGGUCUGCCCUGGGCUCCCCAGCCAUCCUGACCUCCCCUGCCUGCUCCUUCACUCCCUCCCUGACUCUGCAUGUCAGUUCCCAUGGAGCCAUUUUUAGCUCCCAGCAGCAUGGGAAUGUGCUCAGCCUCCAAGGGGCUCCGUCAUGGUGCCCCAGCCCCUGGUCCCAACCUGAGUGCCAGGAGGACUGAUGGUGACCCCUUCUGUAAGUGACAGAAGCCCUGGAGAGGGGGCUCUUGUGCAGCUGGUCUCCACUCCUCCGUCCUGAGCAGGGGAUGGGAGCUCCCCACCCCCACCCUGUCCUUGGAAGGCUUCAUCCUCUCCCACCCAGCUCUGCCCCUACACCUGCCCGCUCCUCUCCCCUCCCCCACUCUACACCCGUAACUUGCCUCAGCUCCUGAUCCCUUUCACAAGGUCUUUCCCUAAGAAAAUGAAAUCCCGUUGGCACCUGACUCCAAAGAUCCAGAACAGCCCUGGGGCAAGGUGGGAAGGGAACCCCAAAUCCUACAGGGACAGAUGUGGAGUCUGUGUCCGUUCCCCCAUCUUCUCCCCUUCUACUUCCCGGAACCCAACUUCUCUCCAGGCUGUUUCUUUUUUUUUAUGACUGUAAACAUAGAUAGUGCUUUAUUUUGUUAAUAAUAAGAUAAUGAUUAGUAACUUAA